UUUGAUUUUUGGUUAUAUCUUCUCAAAACUAGGGGCAGGUUUUUGUGCUUUGAUCUUAAUUUGGAAAGUUGGACUUCCAGAUUCAUCAUACAGUCAACUUAUAAUUAAAUGCAACGCGUCAAGAAAGAACAGGACGUUUUCUCAAACAUCACAUAGAAGCAAGAAACGUGUUGCCAAUGCCAAUAGAUCAUUCCUUUUAGCCAUACUUCAAUUGCUACUGUUCUCUUUGCUAUAGUUAUGGGCAGAAUUAGUGGCAAUCUUCUCUUUGCUCUUGCAGUUAUCUUUCUGCUUCAUGAUCAUACUUCAAUUGCUACUGUUCCCAGUAUUAGCACUGAUGUAGCUGCUCUUCUUGCUUUGAAAUCUCACAUUUCUUUUUAUCCUAACAAUAUAUUAGCAAGAAACUGGUCUUCUUCCACCCCAGUUUGCAGCUGGAUUGGAAUCACUUGCAGCUCCAGCCAUAAUCGAGUCACAGCUUUAAACAUUUCUAGCAUGCAACUUCAUGGUACCAUUCCUCCACAUCUUGGAAACCUCUCAUUUCUUGUUUCCCUCGACAUCAGUAACAACACUUUUUAUAUAGAAUUGCCAGAGGAAUUGGCUCAUUUGCAGAGGUUGAAAUUGAUUGAUGUCACGAGCAAUAACUUCACUGGUGUCAUUCCAUCAUUUUUAAGGUUGUUACCAGACCUUCGCAUUGUGCGCCUUUCGAGCAACCAAUUUUCGGGAGAAAUACCAUCUUCCCUUUCCAAUCUAACAAAGCUGGAAGUAUUGAACAUACAGGGAAAUUAUCUGGAAGGAGAGAUCCCUCAAGAACUUGGUCAUCUUCGUUACAUGACUAUUUUAGACCUGCAAUACAACUGGCUUACUGGCUCUAUACCACCAUCAAUCUUUAACAUUACGACAAUGCAAGUCAUUGCUCUUACUAGUAACAAUCUUAUUGGUAAGCUUCCAACAACUAUAUGUGACCAUCUUCCAAACUUGGAAAUGCUUUACCUUUCAACAAACUACCUAGAGGGUGUCAUUCCACCAAACAUCGGAAAAUGCAGAAAGCUUCAAUUCUUGUCACUGUCUGUCAAUGAGUUCAUUGGAACUAUACCAAGAGAGCUAGCUAACUUAACAGCACUUAGAAUAUUAGAACUUCGAGAACAACACUUGGAAGGAGAGAUACCAGUGGAGCUAGGUAACCUUAGGAAACUCCGGGCACUGUUAUUAUACCAAAAUAUGUUUACUGGUACCGUCCCUUCAAGCAUUUUCAAUAUGUCGGAACUGCAGCACCUAGGACUUGGAGGAAAUGAGCUUACUGGUACUUUACCUUCAGAUUUAGGCCGUGGAAUGCCCAGCCUAGAAGAAUUUAGUUGUGCACAAAAUCACUUUAGUGGUUUUGUCUCUGCCACUAUCUCAAAUUCUUCAAGACUCAUAGGUCUUGAAUUCUCAUUCAACAGUUUCACAGGUCCAAUUCCUAAAUCACUUGGUAACUUAAAAUACCUUGAGUUUCUCAACUUGUGGGGGAAUAAUUUUUCCAGCGAUUCAUCAAUGAGCUUCCUGACAUCUUUGACAGACUGUAGGAAUCUAAAAGUACUCUGGUUUGCUGAUAAUCCGUUGGGUGGUGUUUUUCCAUCAUCUGUUGGAAAUUUCUCUAACUCUCUCCAAAGUUUUGUAGGACAGGAUUGUCAACUGAAGGGCGUCAUUCCUAAAGAAAUUGGUAAUCUUACUGGAGUGACAAAGAUGAGUCUGUCUAACAAUGAGUUGACUGGACAUAUCCCAAAUACUAUCCAAGGCAUGCUGAAUCUUCAAGAACUUUACCUACAAAACAACAAGUUAGAAGGAACCAUACCAGAUGUUAUCUGCAAUUUAAAGAAACUUGGUGCAUUAAACUUGUCAAGAAACCAGUUUGCUGGUUCUGUGCCACCAUGCUUAGGAAAAGUAACCAAUUUGAGGAAUAUUAAUCUAGCUUACAAUAGACUGAACUCGAGCUUACCUGCAGCCUUAGGAGACCUUCAUGAUCUCAUAGAAUUCAAUGUUUCAUCCAAUUUAUUAGGUGGGCAAAUUCCUAUGGAGAUUGGAAAUUUAAAAGCGGCAACACUUAUUGAUCUGUCAAAAAAUGAUUUUUUUGGGAAGAUUCCUAUCACUCUAAGGAGUCUGGAUAAAUUGACUAAACUUUCGCUAGCACAUAAUAGAUUAGAUGGACCUAUUCCAGAUUCAUUUGGAAAAAUGUUGGCUUUGGAAUUCUUGGAUUUGAGCUAUAACAAUCUUAGCGGUGAAAUUCCAAAGUCACUAGAAGCUCUUGUGUAUCUCAAAUAUUUGAACAUCUCAUUUAAUGAACUUAGUGGAGAGAUUCCCGCUGGUGGUCCUUUUACAAAUGCCACAUAUCAAUCUUUCUUGUCCAAUGAUGCACUAUGUGGUGAUUCCAAGUUUCAUGUGUCACCAUGCGUCAUAAAAUCUACCAAGAAAAAAAAGGCAAUCUUGGCUUUGUACACCCUUUUGGGAGUGGGCCUGCUGUUUCUUGCAUUAGCCUUCGCAUAUGUAUAUUUAAGAAUGCGAAUGCUAAAGAAGAAUGCAGGUCAAGCAGAAGUGUUCCCAGUAAAAGGGCAUGAAAGAAUUUCCUAUUAUGAACUUGAACAAGCAACAGAAGGAUUCAAUGAAAGCAACUUACUUGGUAAUGGGAGUUUCAGCACGGUUUACAAAGGAACACUUAAGGAUGGAACCCCUUUAGCAGCAAAGGUAUUCAAUGUGCAAUUGGAGGGUGCAUUCAAAAGUUUUGAUACUGAAUGUGAGAUGCUACGCAACCUUCGCCACAGAAAUCUGACCAAAAUCAUCACCAGCUGCUCCAACCUUGAUUUCAAGGCCUUAGUGUUGGAAUACAUGCCCAAUGGGACACUUGAUAAAUGGUUAUACUCUCACAACUUGUUCUUGAACUUAUUGCAGAGAUUAGAUAUAAUAAUAGAUGUUGCAUCUGCAAUGGACUAUCUCCAUAAUGGCUUUUUAGCACCAAUGGUACAUUCUGACUUGAAGCCAAGCAAUGUCUUAAUAGAUCAAGAAAUGGUUGGCCAUGUCACUGAUUUCGGCAUUGCAAAAUUACUAGGUGCAGGGGAGGCUUUUAUUCAAACAGGGACGAUUGCAACCCUUGGAUAUAUUGCUCCAGAGUAUGGCCAACAUGGAAUAGUAUCCACGAGUUGCGAUGUCUAUAGUUUCGGCAUCCUGAUGAUGGAGACAUUUACAAGAAUGAGACCAAGUGAUGAGAUAUUUACUGGAGACUUGACCAUACGACGUUGGGUUAGUGAUUCUUUUCCAAGUAGAAUUCAUAAGGUGGUGGAUGCUAAUUUGGUACAACCAGGGAAUGACCAAACGGAUGCAAAGUUGCAGUGUGUGUUAUCUAUCAUGAAAUUAGCUUUGAGCUGCACCUUAGUGGCACCUGAUGCAAGAAUUAGCAUGGGAGAUGCUCUUUCUGCACUUAGAAUGAUCAGGCUUGAGUUUGUCAAUAGUCUACACUAGGUGUAAUCAAAUCAUCGGCUCUCAGUUGCUGCUUGAUUUACAUAUGGCAAUUGCGUUAAGCGUUCAAGUCUGCACAAGCAAGCUCGUUGAAUCAUGAAUUGUACUCCUUUCUUGAUAUACGUAGUUAUGAUAUAUGGAAGUCUAAAAUGAUUUUAAAAGGGGUGAGAGAAGAGAAGAAAUUAAUGUGAAGCUGCAAGUGUUUACAUAAUUUAGAAGGAAUGUCCAUGAGAUAUAUGAUUGUUGUGUUGGCAAAGACGACAAAUAUUUCUACAAAAAUUUGAAUAAAAACUAAGCCAAUUGUCUGUUGAA